UUUACCCGACCUGGGCAGUUAACGCGGCUCAGUCGUAAGUUACGCCGAGCUAGUGGGUCUUUGUCAAAUAAAAUGUAACCUGCUAGUAUCGCUACAAAACAGAACAAGAUCUAAACAACAAACGGGAUGUGCAACAGAUGGCCAUUAUUCAACCACUAUUGAAGAAAAAGGACGUUGUUAUCCGUGAGUCAUGGAUAGAAAGUGGACCUAGUCGAGUUGCGCACAAUCAAAAACUGGAAAAAAGAGGAAUAAAUCAGUAUCAUGGUGAUAAUAAUUAUAACAUUAUCACCAUGUAAUCAGUGAAGUGUUGACAUUACCCUUUUUAGUUAAACGACUUUGACAGCACUCAAACGAACUAUAAAGCAUCUAUCCUAUCAAACACCACGAAAGAAAAAUGAAGGAAUAUGUUAUUUUUUUAUUCUACAAUUGAAUGAACUAUUUUGAUGUUUGUGGCUGAAGUCUUCUCGGACCCAUCCCUUAUCUGUUUGACGAUGACAGCUCAGUGCGGGUCUCGUUUCGCCACUUUUGGACAGAUGGAAGCUGAGGAACGCAGAUUGUUGGAUUACUUUUUACGUCUUUAAACUGAAGUCGCCGCUAAUGCGUUAUAUGGUUACUCUACGAAUAUGAAUAGCAACUUUUUAAAAGGCAUUUUAUCCGCUCAAGUAUCAUCCCGUGCGUCUCUGGGCCAUGGCUGACAUCAUUACGCGGGUGGGAUUCGGGGUGUUCCGAUUUCAUGGUACAAUUAUGAAUGUUUUACUUCAGUGAAUUUCAUUUACGUCGAGCACGGUCUAUGGAUUGCCUGAAUUACUAUUACUGUUCGAAGGACUAUGUUUGAAUGACACAUUUUUUUCAGCAUUUGUUGAAGCAAUUAAUAAUUUCCCCCAGAAGAAUAACUAUCCAAGCAUCAGCAGUGUGUGUGCGAGUUAAAAUAUAUUUAGUAAUUUAAUUGAAUAAGAUUAUUCUUUAUUUUUCUUUCAUUGAAUAUCCAAUAACCAUUUCGUGGAUCUUAACCCAUCUGAGUGUUGAAAAGAGACAUGAAAAGAGAGUGCGUGACUGGAGGAGUAAAAUGAUCUGUUUUACACUGGACAACUUGUCAGUGUAUUUGACAAAGCAGCACAAGCUUUUCUCUUUCUCUGAUUUUAAUUCAAUCAUCUCGUGCGUAAAGUUCUAAGGGGGAUGCCUCUUGAGCCCAUCAGCCAUGGCUCUGCUUCUGCGUUAGAGCCCUCCUCUUUGCUGCCCUCUCACUGGACAACGAGUCUUCCUCAAGGGAUUAAGGUAGCAGAUAACCGAAACCUAUAUAUACACAUUUUUCACCAUCACUCACUCCAAACAUACUUCAUGGUCCCCGUGAGUUUCUGAAUUUUCUCCAAUAUAUGUGCUCCUGCUGGCGUCGCCAUGGCUGCGGCCCCAAAAGUUACAUGCCUGUCAGCGCCAGGGGCAAAUGUGAUUACCAACCUGAACCUCAGUGUCACCACCGGAUCUGCCCCCUACUACAACCAGACAGCACUGCGAAUCCCACCCUAUUCCCCAGAGGCCACUGCGUUAUUCGCAAUGGCGAUCACCCUCAUGAUGAUCCUCACCAUCGUCGGCAACAUCUUGGUCAUCAUUGCAGUGCUGACCUCACGCUCACUCCAUGGCCCACAGAACCUUUUCCUUGUCUCCCUGGCUGCAGCCGACAUCCUAGUCGCUACCCUCAUCAUCCCCUUUUCACUGGCCAAUGAGCUGCAGGGUUACUGGGCGUUCCGCUCACUGUGGUGUGAGAUCUACCUGGCAUUGGACGUCUUCUUCUGCACGUCCUCCAUUGCCCACCUGUGUGCCAUCUCAUUGGACCGCUACCUGUCCAUCUCCCGGCCCGUGUCCUAUGGCAUCCAACGGACACCAGCGCGCAUCAAGGCGGCCAUCGUGGUCGUCUGGCUUCUCUCGGCCGUCAUCUCCUUCCCUCCUCUCCUCUCCCUGGAUAAGAGCAAGGGAGGGGUGGAGGUGUGUGAGCUGAACAACGAGCGUUGGUAUAUUCUCUACUCCACCAUUGGAUCGUUCUUCGCCCCGUGUCUCAUCAUGAUCGGGGUCUACAUCAGGAUCUACCAGAUUGCCAAGCAACACACAAGAUGUCUGCCAGGGGAGAAACCCAACCCUAACAAAACCCCUGGCAACAUGUCUAGCAACCCUCCAAGCAACCCCACACAUCCCUCACCGGGACCUGUCAUCAUCCUCCAACUCAAGCCUCUCAGCCAACCACAGAACCACAAAGGGGAGGGAGGGAAAGCAGACAGACAAUCUACGGACGCCGUACCUCUGAAGAGUCUCCCUGUCUCCUCCCCCUCGUCUCCUCCUCCCCAGAGUGAGACCCAGGCCAAGAGUCAACCCCAGACGUCUUUACCAAAUCCUGUCCCCACCUCACCCCAGCCUACCUCACCCACCGUAGCUCUCUCCCUCACACUCCUCUCUCCAGAUAGCCAACAUGAGGAGACCCACAGACAGGGUGAGAUACGGGAGGAGAAACAUAGAGACACCCCCAAUGAUGACAGCUUCAGCUCUGGCUCCAAGGCAGAGACGAGGGGAAGAGGAAAGGGAGGGAGAGGGGGAGGGAAAGGGACAGUUAAGAAUAAUGGAGGAUCAAAGUCUGGAGGAGCACCUCUCUCUUCUCUGACCUCUCACGAGGCCAAAAAUACUAUAGCCACCCCCACCGGUACAGUGCUGGUCUCUGAUAGGCCGGUGAAGCCACAGGCCACUCCCAUGUCUCGGCGCAGGGCCAUGGUUAACCGAGAGAAGCGCUUCACGUUUGUCCUGGCCGUGGUGAUCGGAGUGUUUGUCAUCUGUUGGUUCCCUUUCUUCUUCUCCUACUCACUGAAGGCCAUCUUUCCUGAGACCUGCUUGGUCCCUGCUCCCCUCUUCACGUUCUUCUUCUGGAUCGGCUACUGCAACUCCUGUCUGAAUCCCGUCAUAUACACCAUCUUCAACCAGGACUUCAGGAAGGCCUUCAAGAAGAUCCUCUGUAGGGACACCAAGGGGACGUUCUUCUAGUGUGGACACUAUGUAAGGACAUCAAGUGGAUGUUCAUGUAGAGUGGAUACUGUGUAAGGACAUCAAGUGGAUGUUCUUGUAGAGUGGAUAGUGUGUAAGGACAUCAAUUGGAUGUUCUUGUAGAGUGGAUACUGUGUAAGGACAUCAAGUGGAUGUUUAUGUAGAGUGGAUACUGUGUAAGGACAUCAAGUGGAUGUUCUUGUAGAGUGGAUACUGUGUAAGGACAUCAAGUGGAUGUUCUUGUAGAGUGGAUACUGUGUAAGGACAUCAAUUGGAUGUUCUUGUAGAGUGGAUACAGAUGGUACAUGAUUCUCUACAUUGCUUGUUUUGCCACUGAAACUGAAAUUAGGCAAACUAUUCGAAUCUUAGCAACCAGGAAAUGGUCGAGCAAUUUCUGCAUAUUGCACCUUUAAGACAUUGUCAGCUAUACUCUGGUCAUUAUUUGAACUGGCUAGCCAGCUAGCAAUGAAUCAAAACAUUGUUUAGAAAAUUGCUUUUAGUUACCUUUCUUGCCAGCUUGACAUUUACUGAAUUCAUUUUUAAACUGAGGGGUUUAUUGGUGAUAAAAUAGAGAAGGGAUGCUAUAUGGUGCAUCGGGCUGCUGAUUUUCUUUUUCAUAACAACAACCGACAAGUUUGAUGUUGGACGACAAUAGAAUGCUCAUGCUGUCGCUACAACAAUUUUCUACAGACAUGUCAAUAGACUGACCGUAAACCACCUUUAGAAGAACGUCCCCUUGGUGUCCCUACAUUUGAAAAUUACAUCAUGGCAUUUAAUUGAAGUAUACUCGAUUUUUGAAAUGUUGCAAUCUAUUAAACUUUAUUUUAUUUCUAGAGUAGAUACUGUGUAGAGACACCAAGGGUACGAUCUUCUAGAGUAGAUACUGUGUAGAGACACCAAGGGGACGAUCUUCUAGAGUAGAUACUGUGUAGAGACACCAAGGGGACUUACUGGAUGUAAUGUAAAGACAGAUUUUAGUUUACCCGUGCAGGAAACCACAGACAAACUUUUGAGUCUGUCCUUUGUUGAACAUUGUGUUCGAUCUGAUAAGAAAAAUGCUGAAAUUUGGAAUUCUGGAAUAGAUGAACGUGCUCUGAUGUACACAUUGAGGGGCAGUGGAAGAGGAGGAAGGUGAUGCAAUCUGUCUGAGAAAAAGCAAACACCUUUACAGCUUGUUUAGCGAUUGGCACAAAACAGGGCCAUCAGUCAUGAGGACAUGUUGCUCAAAUGACAGUAUCACACUGCUCUUGUUGUUCCUCUGUAAUUGGCUCUGGUUAAGAGCGUCUGCUAAAUGACUCAAAUGUAAAUGUAGAAGGAAAGGAAGGUUACACUCUGUUGAUUCCAUUGGCUGGCUGGGUAACUGCUACCCAUAGCCAUUACCUGUAGCCUUGUGACUGGCCACUAUGAACUACAAGGACAGAGUGUGUCCAUGAUCACCUGGUAUUUGUCCAGUUUGUCCAGCUGUCCAGCCUCUGUCAUAAACUCAUACACUACGGAGGAUGUCUUUUAAAGGAACCAACCAGCUCUAAGGGUGUGUUUUGAGUAUCUGAAAUGAACAUUUAUGUUUUUAUAUAAGUAUGAAAUGAAUAUAAACACAUGAAAGUUAAAUAUGGAAUGGGUUGUUGAUGUGACCAAGGCCUCAGUCAUGUAAUUCAUUGGGGAAUAUAGGGGAAACACUGGUGUGUGUGUAGUGUAGUGGCCUAAGGGUUUUACUGGAACAGCGGAGAUCACUCAUGUUUUUUAAUAUACAGUGCCUUGCGAAAGUAUUCAGCCCCCUUGAACUUUGCGACCUUUUGCCACAUUUCAAGCUUCAAACAUAAAGAUAUAAAACUGUAUUUUUUUGUGAAGAAUCAACAACAAGUGGGACACAAUCAUGAAGUGGAACGACAUUUAUUGGAUAUUUCAAACUUUUUUAACAAAUCAAAAACUGAAAAAUUGGGCGUGCAAAAUUAUUCAGCCCCCUUAAGUUAAUACUUUGUAGCGCCAGCUUUUGCUGCGAUUACAGCUGUAAGUCGCUUGGGGUAUGUCUCUAUCAGUUUUGCACAUCGAGAGACUACAUUUUUUCCCCAUUCCUCUGUGCAAAACAGCUCGAGCUCAGUGAGGUUUGAUGGAGAGCAUUUGUGAACAGCAGUUUUCAGUUCUUUCCACAGAUUCUCGAUUGGAUUCAGGUCUGGACUUUAACUUGGCCAUUCUAACACCUGGAUAUGUUUAUUUUUGAACCAUUCCAUUGUAGAUUUUGCUUUAUGUUUUGGAUCAUUGUCUUGUUGGAAGACAAAUCUCCGUCCCAGUCUCAGGUCUUUUGCAGACUCCAUCAGGUUUUCUUCCAGAAUGGUCCUGUAUUUGGCUCCAUCCAUCUUCCCAUCAAUUUGAUCAAUUCUUCCCCGUCCCUGCUGAAGAAAAGCAGGCCCAAACCAUGAUGCUACCACCACCAUGUUUGACAGUGGGGAUGGUGUGUUCAGGGUGAUGAGCUGUGUUGCUUUUACGCCAAACAUAACGUUUUGCAUUGUUGCCAAAAAGUUCAAUUUUGGUUUCAUCUGACCAGAGCACCUUCUUCCACAUGUUUGGUGUGUCUCCCAGGUGGCUUGUGGCAAACUUUAAACAACACUUUUUAUGGAUAUCUUUAAGAAAUGGCUUUCUUCUUGCCACUCUUCCAUAAAGGCCAGAUUUGUGAAAUAUACGACUGAUUUUUGUCCUAUGGACAGAGUCUCCCACCUCAGCUGUAGAUCUCUGCAGUUCAUCCAGAGUGAUCAUGGGCCUCUUGGCUGCAUCUCUGAUCAGUCUUCUCCUUGUAUGAGCUGAAAGUUUAGAGGGACGGCCAGGUCUUGGUAGAUUUGCAGUGGUCUGAUACUCCUUCCAUUUCAAUAUUAUCGCUUGCACAGUGCUCCUUGGGAUGUUUAAAGCUUGGGAAAUCUUUUUGUAUCCAAAUCCGGCUUUAAACUUCUUCACAACAGUAUCUCGGACCUGCCUGGUGUGUUCCUUGUUCUUCAUGAUGCUCUCUGCGCUUUUAACGGACCUCUGAGACUAUCACAGUGCAGGUGCAUUUAUACGGAGACUUGAUUACACACAGGUGGAUUGUAUUUAUCAUCAUUAGUCAUUUAGGUCAACAUUGGAUCAUUCAGAGAUCCUCACUGAACUUCUGGAGAGAGUUUGCUGCACUGAAAGUAAAGGGGCUGAAUAAUUUUGCGCGCCCAAUUUUUCAGUUUUUGAUUUGUUAAAAAAGUUUGAAAUAUCCAAUAAAUGUCGUUCCACUUCAUGA